UUCAUGAGGAAACUGGAGUCCAGAAGAGUUGCAGAGUGAGUAGUGCCUAGACCUGGAACUAGAAGCUGAAUCUUAUUCUCCUGUUCCCCAUUCUGAUGAAAAAUCAGAAAAUUCACACAGCCAUCCUAAAGCCAGGGCACUGUCUCAGAGUUCAGCAGGACCCAGGAGAAGGGAGACAGAGGAUUUAGAAUUGCCCUCAAGAGAGAAGAAAAGCAUGGAGAACUAGAAAAGGAAGUGUGAAAAAAGGUAUCCUAGACCACUUGGAAGGUGGAAUACUGCAAGUAUGUGACAAUCUAUCCCUUGCCUGUCGGCUACUUCUCAUCGCCAGGGCUGACCCUGGGGCUACCUCCUGACAGAAACUGGACAUGAGCUCCUGAGUUCAGAGCUGCCUGGCCUGGCACUACCACAGAGGAGCCCAGCUUGGAAGGCUGCUGAUAAGGGCCUGCCCUGAAGACUCCAGUGGAAAGCCCCCAACGAAAGAAAUCAAGAAGCCUAGGCCUGGGGCUUUAUAUCCCAGGGCUGUGGAGUAGGAUGGGGGAUGGGCCUGUAACAGGAAGUGCCCUGGGUGUCCUCUUUCGGCCCCAUGGAGUCCUCAUCCAUCCCCCAGUCAUCAGGAAACUCGUCCACUUUGGGAAGAGCCCUUCAAACCCCAGGCCCCUCUACUGCCAGCGGUGUCCCAGAGUUGGGCCUUCAGGACGUGGCUUCAGAAUCUGUGGCUCUCUUCUUCAUGCUCCUGUUGGACCUUACUGCUGUGGCUGGCAAUGCUGCUGUGAUGGCUGUUAUUGCCAAAACACCUGCCCUCCGAAAAUUUGUUUUUGUCUUCCAUCUCUGUCUGGUGGACCUGCUGGCUGCUUUGACCCUCAUGCCCCUGGCCAUGCUCUCCAGCUCUGCCCUCUUUGACCAUGCCCUCUUCGGAGAGGUGGCCUGUCGCCUCUACUUGUUCCUGAGUGUUUGCUUUGUCAGCCUGGCCAUCCUUUCAGUGUCUGCCAUUAAUGUGGAACGCUACUAUUAUGUGGUCCACCCCAUGCGCUAUGAGGUACGCAUGACCCUGAGGUUGGUGGCGUCUGUGCUGGUGGGCGUGUGGAUAAAGGCCCUGGCCAUGGCGUCUGUGCCAGUGUUGGGACGGGUCUCCUGGGAGGAAGGAGCUCCCAGUGUUAACCCAGGCUGUUCUCUCCAAUGGAGCCAUAGUGCCUACUGCCAGCUUUUUGUGGUGGUCUUUGCUGUCCUUUACUUCUUGCUGCCCUUGAUUGUGGCUGCCAUGCAACAUGGGCCUCUGCCCACAUGGAUGGAGACACCCCGGCAGCGCUCUGAGUCUCUCAGUAGCCGUUCUACUAUGGUCACCAGCUCUGGGGCUCACCAGACCACGCCGCACCGGACGUUUGGGGGUGGGAAGGCAGCAGUGGUCCUCCUGGCUGUAGGGGGGCAGUUCCUGCUCUGUUGGUUGCCCUACUUCUCUUUCCAUCUCUACGUUGCCCUGAGCGCUCAGCCCAUUUCAACAGGACAGGUGGAGAAUGUGGUGACCUGGAUUGGCUACUUUUGCUUCACUUCCAACCCUUUUUUCUAUGGAUGUCUCAACCGUCAGAUCCGGGGUGAGCUUAGCAAACAGUUUGUCUGCUUCUUCAAGGCCGCUCCAGAGGAGGAGCUGAGGCUGCCUAGUCGGGAGGGCUCUAUUGAAGAGAAUUUCCUGCAGUUCCUCCAGGGGACCUCUGAGAACUGGGUUUCCAGGCCCCUGCCCAGCCCUAAGCAGGAGCCACCACCUGCUGUUGACUUUCGAAUCCCAGGCCAGAUUGCUGAGGAGACCUCGGAGUUCCUCGAACAGCAACUCACCAGCGACAUCAUGUCGGACAGCUACCUCCGUCCUGCCCCAUCACAAAGGCUGGAGUCAUGAUGGACACUUGGAGGGAAAGAAGGCUUGGGGCUGGUUUAUGGUCUUAAGGACUGUCUUUUCCAUCUGGCUGGGGUUUGGGCUGGGGUCUCCGGACUUAGCUUUUGCUUCGUGUUUCCUUGGUCAGGACCAGAGUCAACAGGAUGGACAUGUGGCAAAAACCUUGGACUUGGCUGUGAUCUUUGACUAUUGGGGGAGGGAACCUGGGUAUGGUGAGACGAUGAUGAGAGAAAAGGGCCACAAAGGUGAGGCGACACCUUUCUACCAGUGAACUUGUCAUGCCUCGGGAGACAGGGAAAUUUUCCAAGGGUAGGCAUUGGAGCAGCAGGCUAGGAGCAGAGUUAUUCUGGGGACCAUUGAGGUUUGCUUCCUUCUGGUAUAAUAGUUCAGGGUAAUACUUACACUGAAACAAGGUAAAGAAUAGGCCCACAUCUUCUCAUUUACUUACUAGGUUAAAAAAGAACAAAACUGUAGCCAAGUGUUACCAUGAGUUAAUAGAUUCCUUUUUAAAAGUUAAUGUAUAUGAUUUAUCUUAAAGUGAGUAGACCAGUAGGGUGAGCUCUUUCCU